AUGCAUUUUUUUCACCGUACCUCCAAUUAUGUCCAGAAAACGUGGAAAGCCCGACAUCUGACAGCAUCCCUUUCUGUUUUGUUUGGGGGCCAUCGCAGCAAAACCAAGCUCCACCAGAAAAGGUCUAAAGCAGAAAAUUUGUUGGUCUGUCGUGUUUGGCUUGGAGGCCGUCUCGGGGUCAAAGAGGGCACCUCCAAAAAGCGGACUCUAGCGACGUGGCAUUGGACAACGCAGGACUGGGCAGAUGCAUCUUCGAGCACUUGCCAACGUAUUAUCAGGGGUUUGUUGAAGUUCCUUGAGUGA